CUGACGGCUAAAUAAACACACUAAACACAAGACAGAAGACAGAUCUUUCAAAGUAAUUGUUUAAUUUCAAUUGUUGUGAGAUUGCUUGCUUAUUUUAGGAUUUAAUUUAAAUAACAAGUGUUUUUAAAUAAUUUAAAUAUCCUAUUUCUCUAGGAAGCUAAGUAAUUUCAUAUAUUAAGAUAUUCCGAUAUGGAAUCUUUGGAAAUUGAUGAUUUCCUGGAAGAACUUUAAUUAAUUAAUUAGUUUAAGUGCUUAUCAAUUAUGAUUCACAAGAAUUAAAAAUAUGAAAUUGUACCAAAUCAUAAACAAUACACAAGAUGUCUGCAUUUAAUAUAAAACCAUCAGGUGGCUGGAUUCAUUCUGACAAGCUUAUUGCAAAGAAAGGGGCUACUUAUGCUGUGAAGUAUGUGGGAUGCCUGGAGGUUAAAGUUUCCAUGAAAAAAUUAAAUUUCAAAACAAGAUCUGGUGUUGCAAAGGAAUGUAUCAACAGAGUUUGUGAAUACUCAAAGUUAAAAAAUAUAGAUAAGAAACGAAAAGUUGAUAAGAAGGUCUUAAAAGCAAUAGUAGAAGUGCCUAAUUUGAAUUAUGCUGGCAUGUAUGUUAACUUAAACGUGUCUAGCAUAAAUUUAACACUUACCUGUAUAGAAACUAAUCAAAUAAUAGCUUGUCAUGAAAUGCCUAGAAUAUCAUUUGCAUCUGGAGGAGAAAAAGAUGCACUAGACUUUGUAGGAUAUAUAGCCAAAGAUCCAAAUGAGAUGCGAGCUUGUUAUGUAUUGGAAUGUGGAGGAGGUUUAGCAAAAGAUGUUAUAUCAACUAUUGGACAAGCUUUUGAGUUGAGGUUCCAACAAUUUGCAAAUAAAACUCCUUUAGGUUUAGGUGCCACGAUGGGCCACUACUCAGGUUCUACAGGCGGAGAUGCCGACAAAGAUUAUUACAACGAUUUACCUGGAAAGGUUCCUCCAGAUGUGUGUGAACCUCCACCAGUUCCCCCUUUACCCUCUCUGGUACCACCAUUCACAACACUACCACCGGUUCAGAGUCCAAAUCUCAUAGAUUUAAAUGCCGAUAUAAUUCCAGAGGGAUCUCACCAUGAUUAUGUUAAUGAUAGCGUAAUUGUUGUUAGAGAAAGGGAUGUUUUUGAUAUGCAACCAUUUACCCAUACAUCGAGUUCAAUUUACGAAAAAAGCCAAGAUCAAUUUAGUCAACUAGAAAAUGAAAUAUGGUUUCACGGACAAAUUAACCGAGCAGAAGCAGAAAAUUUACUUCAAAAAGAUGGCGACUUUCUCGUCAGAGAAUCAACGAAUACCUUAGAAAGGCAGUUUGUUCUUUCAGGAAUGCAAGAUAAUAAUAAAAAACAUCUGCUUUUGAUAGAUCCACAAGGAAUAGUAAGGACGAAAGAUAGAAUAUUUAACAGCAUCAGCCACCUCAUCGAUUUUCAUUACGAAAAUGCUUUGCCUAUUAUAUCAGCAGAAAGCGCUUUGGUGCUCAGAAAUAAAAUACCAAGACCUUUGUAAUUCUUAAAAUUUUAUAAAUGAUUACAUACAUCGGUGUACUAUUUAUCCAAUUUAUAUUAUUUUAUAAAAUUUAAUACACAAUUAUUAUAGUAUUAGAGCAUAUAUUUACCUAGUAUAUUUUAAUAAGGAUGAAUAUAAAUAAACACAUCUGCAUAUAUUUUUA